UUAAUAAAGUGUUGCUGACAAAUCUGUUCAUUAUUAUAUUGUUUUAUUUUAAAAUAUUACUUUUAAAUAUUAAUAAUUUAAAAAGUGCAACAAAUAAAAACAAACCCAAGUCAAGCGAGUUGCGACAAUUUAAGAGAAAUGUUUGUAAAUUGUUGAAAAUAGAUUGGGCUGCACAGCAACAUAAACCAGUCGCAAAGCUAGAACUUAUAAACUUACACACAUACACUCAUUCAACAAAGUACGCACGCAUCAACCAACCAACACAAUAAAGUACAAGAAAAUUUCGACAACAACGUAUAAACGCAACAAAGCAAACCAAACAGUGGGUUUUAUUCGCAGCAUUUAUUACCAAGAGGAAAAGGUACGAACCCGCAUCUUACGAAAACAUGACGGAAUAUAAACUUGUUGUUGUCGGAGCUGGAGGUGUUGGAAAAUCUGCUCUAACAAUUCAAUUAAUACAAAAUCAUUUUGUCGAUGAAUAUGAUCCAACAAUUGAGGACUCUUAUCGCAAGCAAGUAGUGAUAGAUGGCGAAACAUGCCUGUUGGAUAUAUUGGACACAGCCGGUCAAGAAGAAUAUUCUGCUAUGCGUGAUCAAUACAUGCGCACCGGUGAAGGCUUUUUGUUAGUGUUUGCAGUUAACAGUGCAAAAUCUUUUGAAGACAUUGGCACAUAUCGUGAACAAAUAAAACGUGUGAAGGAUGCUGAGGAGGUACCAAUGGUUUUAGUGGGCAACAAAUGUGAUUUGCAGGCGUGGGCUGUAAAUAUGAAUCAAGCUAGAGAAAUAGCCAAACAAUAUGGCAUACCUUUUGUAGAGACAUCAGCGAAGACGCGUAUGGGUGUAGAUGACGCCUUCUAUACUUUGGUACGUGAAAUCCGCAAAGACAAGGAGCACAGGGGGAAAAAGGGCCGCAAAACAUAUAAACACACAAAUCGCAAAUUCAAAUGUGAGCUUCUUUAAAUCGAAUUCCUUCAACUAAAAGGUGGUAGCAUAUUUUCGUACAUUGAACGAGAGACUACAUACAUACAUAAAUAAAUAAAUAGAUAAGAAUCGCGCAAACAAAUGCACAUAACUAAGCAAACGCUGCUGUGCAUUAGUUAUAAAAAAAACAUCAGUUGUCAGUGCUAAUUAUGAUUUCAAUAAGAUUAUUUUAUUUAAAAUUUUUUAAGAACUUUGAUAAUACAAAAUAAAAAAAUGUGUAAACUUCUGCACAAUCAUUAAAUUCAUAUUAAAUUAAUCAACAGAAAAGAAAAAGAAAAUCCUAAACAUCAACAAACAACAAAACACUCGUACAAGUAUUCUAUUUUUCGCUCACGCACAAAACAAAAAUUAUUUUCAUAUUAUAAAAGAGAGAAAGAAAUAUUAAAAAGGUUUACAUAUUAAAAUUAUUAUUAUUUUUUCUUAAAUUUAGUUCGGUGCUAAAUAUUUUAAAAUAAAUUUUAUACGUUUUCAUAUUUUGUUUUAUGUAUAAUUUUUAAUAACAAAAAUAAAUAUUUUAUUAUCUUCAUACACUGCGACGCUAAAUUUACUCUUCUUUGCCAUAUUUUAUAAUUUUACAAAUUAUAUUAAUCGUGAAUUUAAUGUGUUUGUUUUUCAUUGCUGCUUUUUUUUAAAGUUGAGUUAUUUUUCAUUGAACUAAUUAUAUUUUCUAGACUUAGAUCUUUGUAUUCUGCCACCAUUGGGUUGAUUUUUUAUAUACAUACAUACAUAUAACAUAAUUUUAUUAUUAAUUUGUGUCUUAAUUUUAUUAUUAUUAUUAUUAUUUUUAAUAAAUGUACACGUAUUAACAUUUUAUGUAAUAAUUAUUGAGCAUACAAAAAAAAAAUGGUAUAUUUAAUCGAUAGAAAAACAAUAAAUAAACGUUUAUUUGUCUUAUCAUGGAAAAUAAAGUCAUUUUACAAAUAUUAAAA